AAAGCUUUGCUUUUUGGCGUGUGAGAGAAACCAAUUUACCUCCUUUCUUCUUCCUCUGCUAUUACUACUUCUACUUUUUACCGCGUUAACAAUAAUGGUUUUCGGUCACUCAUCUUCUUCUUCAGGCGGCGUCCUUACUGUCACCGUUUGUGAAGGCAAGGACUUAAAGGAUCAGGAUGCCGUUGGAAAGAAUGAUCCCUAUGUUGAAAUGUGGCUUGAUGAAGACUACAAGCAGCGUUCCAGCACCAUUAACAACACCAACAACCCUGUAUGGAAUGAAACUUUCUCUUUCAAUGUUCCCGCCGGUUCGCAUGACAAGAAGCUCUACUUGAAGGUUCUUGACAAGGAUUUGGUCUCGUCGAGCGACAAGAUUGGGGAUACCAAGGUUGACCUCAAGGACGUAUACAUGGGCAAACCAUUUGAAGGCUGGGUCAAGUUGCCAGCCAAACUUGGAUUGUCCAGCCACGGUGAAAUUCUCUUGAGGAUGCACUUUGCGCCCAAUUGAAAAAAAAAUAACCUCUUGCCUACCCAAAUUUGCAGUCAAUAAACAUGAUGCACAAGCCCAUUUUAAAACAAAAACAUUGUGCAUUGUUUGAUGCAUACAUAGCAUAUGUG